UGUGUCUCAGGUCCUCGGGCUCUCCGGGCCAGGGUAUAAAACCAGCCCGGUCAGAGGAGCUAAAAUCACUCCUGCUUUAUUCUCCUUGGAGAAAAGGACUCGCACCCCACAGCCAUGUCCUGCUACGACCUCUGUGCCCCAACCUCCUGCGGCCCCACCCCGCUGGCCAACAGCUGCAACGAGCCCUGCGUCCGGCAGUGCCAGGACUCCACCUACGUGAUCCAACCCUCGCCUGUGGUGGUCACCCUGCCCGGGCCCAUCCUCAGCUCCUUCCCUCAGAACACCGCCGUGGGAUCCUCGGCGUCCGCGGCCGUCGGGGAUGCUCUGAGUGCCGGGGGCGUCCCCAUCAACUCGGGCAGCUCCUCAGGGCUCGGAAGCGUGGGAUAUUCUGGUCUGGGGGGCCUUUAUGGGAGGUCCUACCGGCGCUCCAACCGCUGUGGGCCCUGAGGAAGCCUUGGGACAGCCGGGAAGGAACAACCAGGAGACGGAAAGCGCGAUCCGGAUGCAGGACUGAGCCCGUGCCCACUCGCUUGCUGACCCCCCGCAGCUUUGCCCUGAGCUCAUGGGGCUGCAGGAGCUUGGCAUUUCUGAUUCGAUGCCUUUCUGUGGUAUCAGGGAGGUGAAAAAUGUCACUCGAUUGUUGCUGGGUGUCCAGCUGUAAAGCACUGCCUUGAAAUGGGUGAUUAAUUUUAAUCCAUAUUCAACCCUUCUGCUUUCUUACGCUGUACAUUUUUUUUUAAAUUCCACUUCUUGCUCAUUAAAUAGAUGGUGCAUCACAA